AUGCAGCCUCAACCAGAGAGAUCAACCUGCGCCGCCGCCGACGGCGCAGAACGCACUAAUCCGCGACCAGCAAAUCCAAGUCCAUGGCCUAUUUCGGGUUCACUCGGAGCUUUGGCAACCACCGUUGGAGGUGUGAUGUACAUGCACUCAUUUCAAGGGGGUGCAACACUUCUCAGUUUGGGCCUCAUAUUUAUCCUAUAUACUAUGUUUGUAUGGUGGCGCGAUGUUCUACGUGAGUCCACGUUGGAAGGACAUCAUACCGAAGUCGUACGCUGUGCCUACUUUAAGGUUGAAGGCGAGCGAAGGAUACUAGCCAGACCGAACGGAGGGAUUGAGUGA